AUGUCCAGUCCAGCUAAGAAGCGCAAGAGGGAUGAUCCCGCAUCUGCCUCGCAGCGCACCCGGAGCAUAGCGUCAUUCUUCCAGGGCCAGGCUGCUAAGCAAGCCGAGAGGACGCAGCAGGAAUUCGAAGCUGUGCCCGAAGCUCCCACGGAACAAACUCUUUCGGACGAAGCGCUUGCGCGUAAGCUGCAGGCUGAAUGGGACCAGGAGCAUGCGCUUUCAAACCCGCAGGCCGACACGCCUAGCGAUGAGCUUACUUCGGCGCAAUCAAACACCGGCGAUAACGAUCGGGAACCGACCAAACUGCAGAAGAAGGGCGUCCUCUCAUUGCAGUCAUCCACAGGUACGGAAGACACUGUGUCUCUUGCGGUUCCUUUCGAUCAGAGUCCUAUCGCGUUCGAUGCCUCCAAAUAUGCGCGCGAGCUGCAAGGACACUGGGCUUCGGAAGGUGGCGACGCUUCGUACGCCCUCCUGACCAGAGCUUUUGUGCUCGCAAACGCCACAACUAGUCGCAUCAAGAUCGUCGAUACAUUGGUCAAUUUUCUCCGCGUGUUGAUCGAAGCCGACCCGUCCAGUGUGCUUCCCGCUGUAUGGCUUGCGACUAAUUCGAUAUCCCCUCCAUACGACGAACUGGAGCUUGGGCUUGGCGGGUCCUCGAUAUCAAAAGCACUCAAGAAGGUAUACGGACUAAACAGCCAAGGUCUCAAAUCUCUAUAUGACAAGCACGGCGAUGCUGGCGAUGUGGCAUUCGAGGCCAAGAAGAGACAGUCUUUCACAUUGAUGAAGCCCAAACCGCUUCGAAUUAAAGGUGUCUAUCAGUCGCUCAAGAAGAUAGCUAUGAGCAAAGGGAGUGGAAGUCAGGAGACAAAGCAAAGGAUCGUCGAGAAACUUCUGCAAGAUGCCCGUGGUGCGGAGGAGAGUCGAUACAUUGUUAGAACUCUGGUGCAGAAUCUCCGCAUCGGCGCUGUCAAAACUACCAUGCUCAUUGCACUUGCUAGGGCAUUCCUGUACUCCAAACCAGAGGGGGCGGAAUUUCCUAUUUACUCUCAAAAGGAAAUGGCGCAGAUGAAGAAAGAGGAAUUAGCUGAAAUCUACGGCAACGCAGAAGAGGUCGUUAAGGCGUCGUAUGCGAGACAUCCAGACUACGAUGACCUCGUUCCCUGCUUGCUUGAAGUCGGGGCUACCGAUGAACUUCUCGUUCGCUGCGGUCUUCAACUGCACAUUCCGUUGAGACCCAUGCUGGGCAGCAUCACAAGAGAUCUGUCAGACAUGCUGACGAAGCUACAAGGCCGCGACUUUAGCUGUGAAUACAAAUAUGACGGACAGCGUGCGCAAGUGCAUUGCGACGUACAGGGCAAAGUAACAAUAUUCUCCCGUCACUUGGAGAACAUGACGGAGAAAUACCCAGACCUGGUGUCUCUUGUCCCCGAAAUAAGAGGAGAAGGCGUAUCGAGCUUCAUUCUCGAAGGGGAGGUUGUCGCCGUUGACCAAGAAACGGGCGAACUACAGGCAUUCCAAAUCCUGACCAACCGUGCGAAAAAGAACGUCGAUAUCGGAGCGAUCAAAGUCAACGUGUGUCUAUUUGCCUUCGACCUAAUGUACCUAAAUGGCCAGCCACUGCUCGACCGAUCACUCCGCGAGCGAAGAGAGCUGCUACGGAGUUUAUUCGUGGAGAUCCCCAAACGGUUCACAUGGGUGAAGAGUCUAGACGCCACCUCAGCCGACUCCGAAGCAGUACUAGAGUUUUUCAAGAGCGCCACAGACACCAAAUGCGAAGGCAUCAUGGUCAAAGUGCUCGACAACAUGCCGAAACCCGAUCUCGAAGGAGUGGAAACACCAGCUGUCGAUACUGCUAUCAACGGAACACCCACCACACCGGGCCAACCAACCUCCAACACAACAGACAACAAACCCUCCAAAAAUACCCGCCGAAAAGCCCUCCUGUCCACCUAUGAGCCCGACAAGCGCCUCGAAUCUUGGCUCAAAGUGAAAAAAGACUACAGCACCUCAUCCGAAACCCUGGACCUAAUCCCCAUAGCGGGCUGGCACGGCCAAGGCCGUAAAGCGAAAUGGUGGUCCCCGAUCCUCCUUGCGGUUCGGAAUCCAGAAACUGGAAGUCUAGAAGCAGUAACAAAGUGUAUGUCGGGCUUCACGGACAAAUUCUACCAGGCCAACAAGGACAAGUACGCGGAGGGCACCCCCAAUGUCAUAUCCCGUCCCAGCUACGUCGAAUACUACGGCGAGCCAGACGUAUGGUUCGAACCACAGGAAGUGUGGGAAAUGGCGUUCGCAGAUAUCACGCUUAGUCCUACAUACACGGCCGCUCUGGGGUUGGUUAGUGAUGAACGGGGUCUGAGCCUGCGGUUUCCUCGAUUCCUCAAAGUCAGAGAGGAUAAAUCGAUCGAUGAAGCUACCACGUCUGAUUACUUGGCUUAUUUAUGGAGGAUGCAAUCAGAACGGACGAAGCUGGAGGGUGGUGGUGGUGGUGAGGAGGGACCGACUGAAGAGCAGGAGGAGUAA